AUGAUCGCUCGUAGAGCAGUCAAUGCGGCUCUUGCGGGCGCGAGGCGCAGCGGUGCUAGGACUAGCGUGCGGCUACUCUCUGCGGGCACCAGCACAAUUUCAGCGUUGCUGAGCGCCAGCACCGCAUUCGGACCAGUCAGCUCGAGCACCCCGAGGAAUGCUUUCACCUCUCAUGUCAAGUCAGCUCUGGCCGUGCGUAGCUACUCUACCGCAGAAAGCGCUGUAGCAUCGGAGGCAGAGCUCGAGGAAGAGGACGAGCAGAGGCAACAAGAGGAGGAGCAAGCGGCCAGGGCUCCUAAGCCUGUCGUGCCUCGGGAUGGAACUUUCGCUUCGCUCAAAGGUCAUAUCGAUUACGGCACAUUCAAGGCGCUCACAGUCAAGCCUUUUGGCUAUGUGGACAUGUCCGACGUGCAGAGAGAGGUUCUGCACCUCUUGCCCAAGCUGGCGGAUGUCAAAUCGGGCGAGAUGGAGGAUGGCAAAGGGCGCGACUUGCUCGUAAAGGCAAAGACGGGCACAGGCAAGACGCUAGCAUUUAUGGUGCCCGCGGUGGAAUCGCGCAUCAAUGCGAUCCACGAUGUGGAGAGGGGCAUCUUUAACCAGCCAUUCUCAGAGAUGCUCAAACGGCAUCGACCCGACUUUGACUUCAGCUCGCUCGACAAGCACGGCAGAAAAGCUCUGGUCAGGCAGUACGUCGCCAAUACGGUGGGUACGCUGGUCAUCUCCCCUACGCGAGAGCUGGCAACACAGAUUGCAAACGAAGCCAUCAAGCUGCACCACUUUCACGAAGGUUACGAAUGCAGACUGCUGGUCGGCGGAGCGAGCAGACAUAUGCAGCUCAAGGAUUGGCGAAGGGGCAGACCGGACGUCGUGGUCGCCACACCAGGUCGCCUGUUGGAUCUGCUACAGGAAGACGAGAUGGUCAGAGAUGCCAUUUCGGCCACGCAGACUUUCAUCCUGGACGAGGCCGACACACUGCUGGAUAUGGGCUUUAGAGACGACAUUGCCAAAAUCAGAGAGUACUUGCCGCCCAGGGAGCAAAGGACCAACUUCCUCUUCAGCGCUACCGUCUCAAAGGAGAUCCGGAAGUUGACACACUCAUUGCUGGAAAAGAGUCACCGAUUCAUCGACACUGUGCCAGAGGGGGAGGAGAACGUGCACCAAAACAUUCCUCAAUUCGCCACAGAAGCCCCGUCUGGCAUGGAUCAGAUGGUGCAUCUCGUCAAUUUGGUCGCGCACGACCAGAUCGUCAAUGCAGGCAAGAGCAAGGUGAUCAUCUUUGCGCCCACUACGAAGCUCACUGAGUUCAUCUCUGAGCUCCUGCUUUCCAAGAGCGUCAAGAGCUUGUUGCCAUGCGGCACGUCGACGUUUAUGAACGUGAUCCACAGCGGCAAGGAUCAGGAUAAGAGGUUCAGGGUCUCCAGUCAAUUCAGAUCGUACAAGAACGGAGCUGCUGUCCUUGUCACAUCUGAUGUCUCUGCUCGAGGUGUGGAUUACCCUGGCACCACCAGAGUCAUUCAGAUCAGCGUUCCACCUGGUGCCGACAACUACAUCCACCGAGUCGGCCGGACAGGUCGUGCGGGAGCUGAUGGGCGCGGUGAUAUCAUCCUUGCGCCUUGCGAGAAGCCCUUCUUGACCGGUGUGCUGUCCAAAUUGGCCCCAGUGCAAGAGCUGGCUUUCAGCGACUUUCAACAGGAAUUGCAGGAUCUGUGCAAGAGGUACGACGAGGAACCAGAAUCCGUCGUGGAUCGGAAAACUUUGAAAAUGCUGACGGGUCCAGAUCAGAGACCGGAUCCCCGGCAGCGUCGGGAACCGAACGGGUUCAGGAUACCUCAGGCCAAAUUUGUGGGCUCCUUUUCGGAGAAGCUGGACCCGGGGCACGUGCAGAGUGUGCUGGGCGAGCAGAUCAGCAGGAUGUCGGAGGAGAGCGGCAACGAUAGGUUGGUCGGCAUUGCCAUGUCCCACCUGGGCUUUAUUUCUGGUCAUGCGGACGCUCUCAAUCUCAGCAAAUCGGCCGCUCUGGAAGGGCAAAAGGAGUGGGUGGAUAGUUUGAGCAGAGGUUCGGAACGCUUGUACGUCUCCAAGAUGAUGAUCGACAAGCUCGGCUUGAAUGACAGACGAGGCAGCGGAUUUGCCAAGGGUGGGUUCGGAGGAGGUAGAGGUGGAAGAGGAGGCGGGAGAGGAGGAUUUGGGAGAGGCGGCGGAUUUAGAGGGUUCGAUAGAGGCGGUCGAAACAAUUUCUCUCCAUCGUACGGAAGAAAUGACGGGAUGUUCGAUCGAGACGAGUCGGGAUCGUAUGGACGAAGAGAUCGAGGAGCGCGAGACUCUGAUUUUGAUGGAGGAGGAGGAGGACGACGAGGAGGAGGAGGUAGGAGAUCCUCGUUUGCGGAUAUGUCUUCCGAUCGAUUUUGAUGGCCUCGAUGGCAUUUGCCCGGCGAGGAAGGAGGACCUCGCACCCAAUUUUUUUUUUUUACUCUCCAACUUUUGCCAUGGAAGUGCGACCCUGCUUGGGCCCCGAUUUUUCAACUUCGAUCUCUUUCAUCAUCACCACUCUUGACACGUCUACACUUCUCGCAACACUGUCUUGUCACAUGGAUGUUCGCAACAUGUUUACCACGCCCACAAAAUCUCAUCUAACUCGAUCGUCUCGCAGCAUGCCCUCCCUCUUCUCAUCACGUAUCAAAUGUCCAAAACUUUUGUCCCAAGCGUGAGCAAGCUCGCGCUGGUGCUCUUCUCUUUUGGCAGCGCAUCGUGCUUGGUGGGCACAUCAGCAAAGGACAAUAA